AUGGAUACUCCGAAAAUCCGGCUGGUAAAGACGAAGGCAGUGGCACUUUGGUCUCUUGACAUAAUAGUGGACAAAUGUGCUAUAUGCAGGAAUCACAUCAUGGACACAUGCAUAGAAUGCCAAACUGAAGAGAAGUCAAUGGAGUGCAAAGUGGCUUGGGGCAGCUGCAACCACGCAUUCCACAUGCACUGUAUAUCACAGUGGCUUAAGUCCAAGAAUAUAUGUCCAUUGGACUCUAAGCCAUGGAAUUUUCAUCAUACUUUGGAUAAAUAA